AAAUAUUCUCAGUUCGUCGUGUGAAGCAGGGCGGAGUGUGUGCGACGGUAUACACGGCGGUUGUUACAGGUGUUGUCAAAGCCCCACUUUGCUGUCAGUGGGGAUGAGUGAUGCCAUGUUUGGGAGUGGAGCUGACCACUGGGUGUGUCCCAGUGACAGACAGCUGGCUCUCAGGGCCAAGUUGCAGACGGGCUGGUCCGUGCAUACAUUCCGCACAGAGCGGCAGAGGAGGAGCCAGACUCUGGAUGCCAGGGAGCUGGACAUCAUUGUGGGGGUCAUCCAGCGAGCAGAGCAGCUGGAUCAGGCGGAGCAGCGCCGGAUCGGACGGCUUGUGGAACGCCUGGAGAACAUGAGGAGGAGUGCAGUGGGCAACGGCCUCUCCCAGUGCCUGCUGUGUGGGGAGUUCCUGGGGCUGCUGGGCACAUCGUCUGUCCUCUGUCAGGACUGCAGCAAGCUGACGGCUGCAUCCCCAGCUCAGUCCUCUUAAGACAUGGCAGAGAUCCCUGGCACUUAGCUUUAAUGAAAUGAAGUGAGAGGAAAUU